AUGGUAACAAACUUAAAAGAGCCUGAUACAGAGACCGGUAAUCAAAAUGGAUGUGUAAUAGUCUUAGUGGAAAUGUUGCACUUGGAAACUGCUAUUGAGACCCCGAAUGAAGAGCCGUUCACAAUUUGGCAGAUCAGAAGGUGUCGCCCUGCAUUAGGCAUGGACUUAACACUGAAGUUUAGGGGCACAAAUGGAGAGCUAUUCCCAAUCAUUACUUAUACCUCUGAGAAACAUGCCGAUACUCAGCAACGGCUCGUUAACUUGUGCGGGCGACCCCCAGUCCCAUAUUGCUGUAUUGCACUACAUCGUAAUCAUUGUCGUGUGCUUAUGACGAACGAUAAUAAAAAUAUUUGCCAAUUUAUUGUAAUG